AUGGGUUUUUUCUCCCCUUCGCAGCCGCGUCUUGCCAGACUACCACGCUGUAUUAGCCAUUGGCUAGGGCAUCGUGAAUCCCCUCCUGCUCCGAGACAAAAUUACCUUGUCUGGUUUUGGUCGUUCAUCGGUGCUUUCUGUGGCAUUUCUAUCCUCCAGGCCGUUUUUGGACACGCACAAUAUUUUAUGAAACGCAGCGUGCCUUCGAUCAUCGCUAGCUACGGUGCCUCUGCCGUUCUAUGCUACGGGGCAAUCGAAGCACCCCUUGCUCAACCUCGAGCGCUGGUUGGAGGUCACUUCAUCGGCGCACUCAUCGGCAUCUGCAUCACCAAACUCUUCUCACUCCUCCCGACCCAAGAACAAUUCGAGAGCCUACGUUGGCUCGCCGGUUCACUCUCAGUCGCAGUCGCCAUCGUCGCCAUGCAGAUCACCGAGACGACCCAUCCUCCUGCCGGAGCGACAGCUUUACUGGCUGCAGUAGACGACGAUGUGGUAGCCUUGUCGUGGUACUACCUUCCCGUUGUUCUACUGUCGUCCAUGCUCGUGCUAGUCUCGGCCCUCAUUAUAAACAACAUACAACGUCGCUAUCCGGUGUACUGGUUCGUGCCGGUUGUUCCUGCAAAAUCCAAACCACCUCCGGAGGAGACUUCGGCCAGCGAUUCAAUGACGCUCGGGAAUGGUUAUAGCCAUGCUGUCUGA